AUGACCACUUGGCCCUGGCGGACCUUUAUCCGGUCCGAACCAACUCCGCCUCAACUGACAACCUCAACCAAACAACGGUUUCUCCUCCAUCACGCACACUCCCCUUAUUCGGCCCGGCUAGGCUUAAUCUCACCCGCUAAUAAUAAUCCAGUUGUUCAAGGCAGUUUAACUCUCCUCGCCGCCACAAAAUUCUCACCUAAAUCUCAUGGCAAGAAGACCUGCAGCGCAACACCAGAAACCCCAAGUGGCACAAGGGCAAGCCCUAUAACCCCAAGCUUCUCCGCAAGGAAGCCAGCCCCGGCGGCUAAACUUCCCCCUAACUUGACCCCGACCAAAGGCAAGCAAAAAGCGCAAGACGUUUCGGACGACGAAGAAGAGGCCAUGUUUGACGAAGAAGAAGCUGAUGCGAGCGAGCCGGAACCCGAACCCGCUCCUGCUGCGCCUGAGCCAACUUAUUUGCACGACGCGACCUAUCAUUCCAUGUCGUUCAUCUUCUUGGGGCUCCAACAGGAUCAUACCUCUUAA